GCCUUCAUUACUCCGUCUUCCGCCUGAUUUGGCAGAUCUCAUUUCGCACCGUUUCGGGGAGCGUGACCGAACCUUUUCACAUCCGAACAACCGUCACUGGAGGGAAGAUGCUCGCCGUAAUGCGCAGACAGCUGAAGAGCCACCCAGCUCUGAUCCCCCUUUUAUUCUUCAUUGGUGGAGGGGCAGCCAUGUCCAUGAUGUACCUGGCUCGUCUGGCCAUCAGAAACCCAGAUGUGAGCUGGGAUCGCAAGAACAACCCAGAGCCCUGGAACAAGCUGGCCCCAACCCAUCAGUACAAGUUCUACGCAGUUAACGUGGACUACAGCAAGCUGAAGAAGGAAGGUCCUGAUUUCUAAAGAUCCCAUCUUCUGGAGCAAAAGCACAAAGAUCAGUUGAUCCGCACAGCCCCGCUAGGAGCUUCUAUUGGGAGCCCGAGGGAUGCAGAGGCUAAAUCCGCACAGUGAAUCAUUUAAGUUUCCUCAUUGCAUCCAAUUGGAAUUUUGUAAAACCUCUUAUUUGUCAUUUUCAAUAAAUUGAAGGAGUCUUGUCUCCUCCAUACAGAGAAAAGAA